AUGGAUCUAUUAGUAAAUAAAUACAGACCGAAAGAUUUGGAAUCCGUAAUUGGAAAUGUUGAUACAUUAGAAACACUGAAAUGUAUUCUUAAAGAUCAUUCUAUGCCCCAUUUACUAUUUACUGGUCCUCCUGGAACAGGAAAAACUUCUUCAGCAAAAAUAUUUGCUUUUCAACUUCUUGGAUCAAAAGAAGGUAUUUUAGAAUUGAACGCCUCAGAUGAUAGAGGAAUUGAUACUGUUAGAACUUUAAUCAAAGAUUUUGCCAUGAAGAAGAUACUCAAUGUACCAUUUAAGAUUAUUAUUUUGGAUGAAUGUGAUAGCAUGACAACGGCUGCGCAGCAAGCGAUGCGCCGAAUUAUGGAAAUUUACAGCUCUGAAUGUAAAUUUAUAUUGAUUUGUAACGAUUUUUCAAAAAUUUUUGAGCCAAUUCAAAGUAGAUGUGCAGUUUUAAGAUUUGACAAAAUUGAAUCUAAAGUUAUUGAAUCCUGUCUUCAAAAAAUUGUACAAGCUGAGCAUAUGAAUAUAACAGACGAAGCUUUAAGUUUUAUUAUAUAUAUCUGUGAUGGGGACAUAAGACAAUCAUUAAACAUACUGCAGGCAUGUUUACAUAUUCCGAAUUUGAUUGAUGAGAACUAUAUUGUAAAAUUGAUUGGUAUACCAUCUCCCAAAUUGAUAAAAGAAGUGCUUGAUUUGUUAACUAUAAAGAAAGUGGAUAAAGCAAUUGAAAGAUUUAAUAAGCUUUGGGAAGAUAAAUAUGAUCCUGAAGAUCUAAUUACAUCUUUUUUUAGAAUGGCUAAAAAUGACGAAAACUACGAAGCAGUAAAGAUUAUAGGUCUUACACAUAUAAAGAUAGUCAAAGGAAAUCAUUCUAAGUUACUAUUUUAUGGUAUGUUUUAUGAUUUACUUGAAAUCAGCUAA